CUUCUACUUAUAUUGCUAGGAAUGAAUCUUCUGCUUUACGGUCAUUAGUUCCUGAAAUCGAAAAAGAUUUACAAUUGAAAUUAUUCGAUCCUGGAAAGCCAAUUACAAGUGAUCAACAAAUUGAUCAAAAACUCAUGACUGAAUGCUUAACAGCUUUAUUCAGAUUAAACAAAGACACUUUAGGAAAUCUGAUUCCAGUUUGUUUGGCUGAAAAUGCACCUAGUACAUUUAAAUUAGUGCUAGUGAAAA